CGGCCGGAGGGACGCGGCUGCCGGCGCUUCUCCUGCUGCUGCUGCUGCUGCUGCUGCCGCCGCCGCCGCCGCCCAUGGCGGGGAGCCGGGAGCCGCCGCCGCCGGUGCGCCUGGCCAGCCCGGAGGAGCAGGAGGAGCAGGAGGCGGCGGAGGCGGAGCCCGGGGGCGGCCGGAGGAGGGAGCGCCGCUGCGGGGUCUCGCUGCUGCCCGUUGCCGCCGCCGCCGCCGCGGACCCGGAGUCCAGCCUGCUGGAAGCCGCCCGGGCCGCCCCUCGGCGCAGCAGCAUCAUCAAGGACCCAGCAAACCAAAAAUGUGGGCGAAAGAAGACAGUGUCCUUCAGCAGCAUGCCAUCCGAGAAGAAGAUCAGCAGCGCGAGCGACUGCAUCAGCUUCAUGCAGGCUGGUUGUGAACUUAAGAAAGUUCGACCAAGCUCCCGUAUUUAUAACAGGUUUUUUACUCUUGAUCCCGACUUGCAGGCUCUUCGCUGGGAACCGUCUAAGAAAGAUAUUGACAAGGCUAAACUUGAUAUUUCUGCUGUGAAAGAGAUCCGGUUAGGCAAAAACACUGAAACGUUCAGGAAUAAUGGCCUUGCAGAUCAAAUUUCCGAAGACUGUGCCUUCUCUAUAAUUCAUGGGGAGAAUUAUGACUCACUGGACUUGGUUGCCAAUUCGGCAGAUGUGGCCAACAUUUGGGUGUCAGGUUUGAGGUACCUGGUUUCUCGUAGCAAACAAGCGUUGGAUUUGAUAGAAGGUAGUCAGAACACUCCUCGGUUUGCAUGGCUUGGAUCUGUAUUUGAAGAGGCCGAUGUUGAUGGUAAUGGGAUCAUGUUGGAAGAGACCGCAGUAGAAUUAAUAAAACGACUGAACCCUGCCUUAAAAGAGGCAAAGAUCCAGUUAAAGUUUAAGGAGAUCCAAAGGAGCAAAGAGAAGCUAACAACCCGGGUAACGAAGGAGGAGUUUUGUGAAGCGUACACUGAACUUUGCACAAGACCAGAAGUAUAUUUUUUGCUUGUGCAGAUCUCUAAAAACAAAGAAUACCUAGAUGCGAAUGACCUCAUGCUUUUUUUAGAGGGUGAGCAAGGAGUUAUGCACACAACUGAGGAAAUGUGUCUGGAUAUAAUUCACAGGUAUGAGUUCUCUGAGGAAGGACAGUUGAAAGGUUUUCUUGCAAUUGAUGGGUUUACCCAAUAUUUGCUGUCCCCAGAAUGUGACAUCUUUGAUCCUGAGCACCAAAAGGUUGUCCAAGACAUGACACAGCCUUUGUCACAUUACUACAUCAAUGCAUCUCACAAUACCUAUCUAGUAGAAGACCAAGUACGAGGACCAGCAGAUAUCAAUGGUUAUGUCAGAGCAUUGAAGAUGAGCUGUAGGAGCAUUGAGCUGGAUGUUUGUGAUGGUCCUGAUAACGAGCCCAUAAUUUGCAACCGAAAUAGCAUGACAUCCCCUCUUGCCUUUUGCUAUGUCAUUGAGGUAAUCAACAAAUUAGCCUUUGUUUCUUCAGAGUACCCGCUCAUUCUCUGCUUGGGAAACCACUGCUCUAUACAACAACAGAAGGUCAUGGUUCAGCAGAUGAAGAAAGUAUUUGGAAAUAAACUCUACACAGAUAUUCCAUUAUCCUCGGAAGCAUACCUCCCAUCUCCAGAGAAAUUAAAAAUGAAGAUCAUAAUUAAAGGGAAGAAAUUGCCAUAUGGCCAGGAUUUGCUGGAGGGCGAGGUUACCGAUGAGGACGAAGAAGCUGAAAUUUCUCGAAGAAUGUCCGAAGAAUCCAUGGGAGAACCAAAGAUGACCUGGCUAUGCAAAGGGCUCUCUGAUAUGGUAUCCAUAUGCAAAUCUGUCAAGUUCGCAGAUUUUGAGAGCUCCAUGAAAAGUCAGAACUAUUGGGAAAUCUGCUCCUUCAGUGAAUCAGAGGCCAGUAAGAUUUCAAAUGAGUAUCCAGAGGACUUUGUGAACUACAACAAGAAAUUUCUGUCUAGAAUAUACCCUAGUGCCAUGAGAAUAGAUUCCAGUAACUUAAACCCACAAGACUUUUGGAACUGUGGCUGCCAAAUAGUAGCAAUGAACUAUCAAACUCCAGGGCCGAUGAUGGAUUUAUAUACGGGAUGGUUUUUACAAAAUGGGGGAUGUGGUUAUGUCCUUAGACCUUCUGUUAUGCGGGAAGAGGUUUCAUACUUCAGCGCCAAUACGAAAGGCAUAGUUCCAGGGGCUUUUCCUCAAGUUUUACACAUCAAAAUCAUCAGUGGUCAGAACUUUCCAAAGCCCAAAGGUGCCUGUGCCAAGGGGGAUGUCAUAGAUCCUUAUGUGUGCAUAGAGGUCCAUGGGAUUCCUGCAGACUGUGCCGAGCAGAGAACUAAAACAGUUCAGCAAAACAGUGAUAACCCUAUUUUUGACGAGAGCUUUGAGUUCCAGAUAAAUCUGCCAGAACUUGCCAUGAUCCGUUUUGUUGUGUUGGAUGACGAUUAUAUUGGUGAUGAGUUCAUUGGCCAAUAUACCAUUCCACUGGAAUGCCUACAGCCAGGCUAUCGGCAUGUUCCUUUGCGUUCCUUUGUGGGAGACAUCAUGGAGCAUGUCACCCUUUUUGUACACAUUGCGAUAACUAACCGAAGUGGUGGAGGGAAGGCUCAGAAGCGUAGUCUGGGGGUUAGAAUAGGGAAAAAAACAAGAGACUAUAGCAUGCUGCGGAACACUGGCUUUAAGGUUAUAGACGACAUCUUCAAACUGGCCGUCCAGCCGUUAGGAGAGGCAACUGACAUGAGAGACAACAUGCAGAAUGCAAUCGUGUCUGUUAAAGAGCUCUGUGGACUCCCGCCAAUCACCAGUCUGAAGCAAUGCCUCUUGACCCUGUCUUCACGGCUGGUGAAUAGUGACAACGUCCCCUCGGUGGUUCUCAACGUGAAAGACAACUUUCCUUAUCUGGAACCUUUGGGGACGCUGACUGACUUCCAGAAGAAGGUUCUAGCUGCAUAUGACCUGAUGAUCCAGGAGAGCAGGGUUCUCAUCGAAACAGCAGACAGUACCUGUGACAAGAUUGUUCAGUGCCAAAAAGCAGGAAUGGAAUUCCAUGAAGAGCUUCAUAACCUGGGGACGAGGGAAGGCCUGAAAGGGAGAAAGCUCAGCAAGGCCAUCGAAAGUUUUGCCUGGAAUAUCACUGUGCUUAAGGGACAAGGCGAUCUGCUGAAGAAUGCCAGAAACGAAGCCCUCGAGAACAUGAAGCAGAUCCAGUUGGCCUGUUCGUCCUGCGGACUGAGCCGGACAGGCAGCGGGGGUGCGGAUGCCAAGGCCAAGCGGUGCCUUGAGGCAAUUGAAGAAAAGGAUUUGGGGGAUGAAAACGGGAGGCCGUGAAUGAAACCAGCGUCCUCUGCUGUGGCGUCUAUUUCAGUAGUCCCAAAGUAUUUUUUAAAGCCUUUUAGGAAAAGAUCACGCGUAGAGUGCCCUAUUCAGGCUCCAGCAGUAUUAAAAAUCCUCACAGCGCCAGUGUUCUAUUGCAGUUCAUUUAUCUCAGUUUAAACUUUCUAGCACUGACGUUCCCAGUGAUCCCACCCUCUCUGUUUGUGUGGGAAGAUCUUGCCAAAGCUCUAUCAUGAGAUCUAUGUUCAGCCUUUUCCCUUAUUUAUUAUUCUGCCAUCCUUAGUCAGGUUUUUGUAAUCAUUCUGAAGCUGUAAGAGCGUACAGAAUACCUCAGCUUCACACUUUCUUGAAAGAGUUUGGUGUUUGGAUAGCAAAUUCUAUUCAAAUGCUUUUAUUCCAAUGGAUUUUACCACAAAAUAAUCCCUGUCAUCUUUCACUGGACACAAUUAAUAAUGGAUUCCUCAGUAUAGCAGCCAUAAUAAAUAAUUGAUUUGUGCAAUAAAUUAAGUUGAUAAAAUAUUAAACAGUCAGAGUUUGUGAAGGAUCACAACUGGAAUUCUGGGAAGCAUUCCAUUGACUCUUCCCCCUCCCCAAUCAUGUCCUGAAAUUAAUUCAUGAAACGCAAUAGUGGUAGAAAAGAGGUCACAGUUUCAUUCAAGAAAAUCAGGGCUGAGUGAUUUUCAUCUUUGGUUGCGCGAUGAGAGAUAUCAAGUCUUCAUUAGCCGCAACAGCAGUGUGAAGAUGAUCAUUAAUAAUUAUGGAGUAUUUUUCUUUGCCAUUAUCAGAAGACUGAUGUUAGGCCUUUUCCGCACAGGUCACUUAGAAUGUUUCCAGAAUGUUUUUGAUCCCCUUCCUUUCCCCAGGGGCAGAGUGAGGGGGAGCUGCGCCCGGGGCCCUUGUGUGCCCUGUGGCCCUGCCACGCCCACACCCUGCCCCGGGGGCACGUGCGGAAAGGGCCACCCACUUGGUAAGCUUGAGUGAUACUUUGGAAAUCGUUGCUGUGCUUUCUUUUUAUUUUUGAAUUAUUAUAACAGAAAGGACUGCUUGUCACAGUUCGGUGCCUCAGUCGAGUCAAAUGUGUGUGCCUGAAAAUGUGACAUGGGAAUGGCAACCUUUGCUGUUCGCUCAGAAGGAAGACUUGGGACUUGCUCGCCUCCAAGCACGCUCUUGCAACUUCAGCAUUAAGUACUGUCAUUCCCUCAACAUUUGCUUCAUGUAUCUUCACAGGUUACUGCAAAAUGUGAUCCACAUCUGUAAAAUGUAGAAGAAUUAGUAGUCUUAAUACUUAAAGCCUUAUUUUAUCAUGCCAGGGCAAGUUUCCACAGACAGUUUGGGUUGAGCUGAGCUGAUGGGGGUUGACCAGGACCUCUUAAUAAUAUCUCGUAUAACUGUGUUUACUUUGAGAACUGCCAUGAACCUUGAUGGUGCUGUUUUAAAAAGUGAAUGUUCCAUCCUUGUGUGAAAGAGGGGCUGGGUUCACAGUACAGUAAAUAGGAGCCAUUUGUGCUUGUGACAGGUUGGUCACAAAAAGAUUCCCACUCAGCUCCCAUCUGCUCAGAUCCCCCUGUCAACACAUCACUUUUGAUUGUCUAAAUUGGACUACAAGCAUCAUGUACUAGAAAUCUGAAGCUACCACAACAGAAUCAUUAAGAGAUUCAAUAGCAGAAAAAGUGAAUGACUCAUGAGCUGCCAAUAUCCUUUUCUCUCACGUCCUGAGGAAACGGUGAGGAUACAGCGGCUAAGUUCUGCUACUGUCCACAGUCUAGAUAUUCAUGCAGAAGCAGGAGAUCAGCUGAAAACGAAUCUGCCUCUUUCGCCUCCUGCAGUGUCUGGCUUCAGUAGUCUUAACAAUAUUCUGACAUUUCGGUCUUUCAGAUGCUUGACUAUAUAUUUGCAUUACCUCUACUAGAAAUGAGUGUUCUGUGGAUAGAGGAGACUAUAUUUAUUUAAAGCAUUGCUUUUAUUUUGAAAAGCUACUUUUAAAAUUAACUUGAUUAACAAAUGUGCUGAUUUUUUCCUCUCAACUUAACAAAGAAGUGAAUUGUUGAAAGUUUUAAAAAAUUAUAUGCAUUAAGAUUUUUAUUAUUAUUAUUUCUUAACACUAUUCUGUUCAUGUUGCAAAUUUCUGAGAGUAAACUUAUGGACAAAUAACUUACAUUCAGGUUUAAGUAAGUCAAUGACUUUAUUUGAAACACAACAUUUUGAAAAGUACUGAUAAGCAAUUCAAUUAGAAAAAUUCCCUCUCCACACGAUCUUCAGUAAAACCUCAUCUGCAGA